AAUUUCUUUCUCGUUCUCUCGUUCUCUCCUUUCUCUUCUAGAGCAUGCCUGGGCAGGCCCUUUCCCCUGCUCCAGAUCAGCGAGCGGCCAUGGCCGGCUCCUACCCCCGCCAAGGCAAAUCGCGGGGGAGGGCCACCACGCGCCAUGUCCUUCCACCCACGUGAGAGGAAACCAUGGUAGGGUGCUCCACGUUCGCGCGGAUCUCCCGAGGAAGGAGGAGACGAUGGAGCGGGGGAGCUGUAGGUGUCGUGCACCGACCGUGCUGCGACAGGGGAAGGGUACACACGCCGGUGAUGGCGUACCCCCGCGCGCAACUGGCGAGUGGUGGAGCUGGUCUCCGGCUACGGUGGAGUUGCAAGCGGCAAGGGGCAAAGCUGCAACCGGCAAGCGGCGGAGCUGGAACCGGCCUGAGAAGGAGCUGGAAACAUUUGACUUUUUUGCUGGAAGGUACGGCGUGCGACUGAGCUUCAACGCCCAUUUUUUUGCUGGAAGCAUCGAUUUAUUUUGUUGGAAGCAGCAUUUUCUUUUGCUGGAACACUUCUUUCAAAGCUGCGAACAACUUUUUUUCUGGAAGCAGUAAUUUUUUGUUUUGUUUGAAGCAACAUUUUGUUUUGCUCGAACUAGGCUCUUCAGAGCUACGAUGAUGGAACAACACACUUUUUUGCUGGAAGUCAUGUUUCUUUUUGCUGGAAGCGUCACUUUGGAUUGCUACUGUCGAUGCAUCACGACGAGCGGCAGAGCUUCAUAUCUGCAAUGGGGACAAGAGAAAAGCUACGACAGUUGAGGGAAAAAGCUACAACCAGUGUUUUUUUGCUGUCACCGAUGUGUGGUUUUCUUUCACUGGGACGUACGACCUGUGGUGGCGGACGGCCGUCGCCGGCAGCACGGUGAUGCCUCGAGCGACGAAGCGUCGGGGCGAGAUUCGACGGCGAGCAUCAGGGGCCAGUGCGGCGACCCGCGGUGACGGGCGAGCGCGCGAGGGUGAGUGCUUCGAGGUCGGUUGUGUGCUCGUUCAUGAAGAGUCCGAGUAGGAAGAACGAGCAGGGGGGGAGAAACAAGAUCGUGCGGCUACGAAGCGCUUUUAUCGUGCGGUCCUGGUGUGACCGGCCCAAAGUUGGGCCGGCGCGCCGGCGCCUAUUAGCUCCCAUCAACCAAACAACUUAAAAUCCUCUAGAAUUGAGAUGACCAUCACAUUUCACUCCUAGAUUUUCCCUAUUCCCGUGUAUUUAGAGUCCCGCGAAUCAAAGAGGACCUAGAUGAAGAUAAAACUUAAAGCUCUCCGGUCUUGGUUGAGUCGCCGAGAAGUUUCAUACUUCCUUCGAGAACAAUAAGUAUCGCAGUUUUUAACACCAAGCCCUUUUCAUUCUAUGCUUGUAGCUCCGUGUUCAUCGUACUGAAAUAUGCCAGGGAUAAUGUCUUGUACAGCAAGGAAACAGCGACCCCUCAGAAUUCAGAUACACGAACGAAACCUUGAGAGUACGAGACUCUCGACGUCACGAGCACCCACCGAUCGGCAAGUUCUCGGUGGUGGCCGCGCGGUUCUGCGCGCGGCGCCCGACGGCGUUCACCGUGGCCAAGACCGGCUGGCCGUGGGGCCGCGACCUGACCGUCACGGACGCCAGCGGCGCGGCGGUGAUGCGGGUGGACGGGUCCUUCCUCUUCGGCCGCUCCGUCCUCCUGGACGCCGCGUCGCGCCCCGUGCUCACCGUGCAGCGCCGGCCGUCCCUGUUCGAGGCCCGCCGGACGUGGAAGGCGUUCAAGGGGGACAGCACGAGCUCCGACGACCUGCUCUUCUCCGCCGUCGUGCGGCCUUCGCUGACCAACACGGGGGACAUCCACGUGCACCUCGACGGCGAGAGGCGCCGCGACUUCGUCGGCGUUCGCCCCUGGUACCGCGGGACUGACUGCGCCAUCACCCACGCCGGCGCCACCGUUGCCCAGAUCGAAAGCUCGGGGGGAUUCUUGAGUCCGGCGAAGUAUGACGUCCGUGUCAACGAAGGCGUCUACCAUGCUUUCGUCCUGGGCCUCACCGUGGUUCUGGAGGGUAUACGUCUCGACGACGCCGAACAAGAGAGGUCACGAGCUAGAAAUAAUAAAAGGACUGUGCUAUUUCACGCUCGCUUUCCACUGAUUUUUUUCCUUCUUUCAAAAACCGUAAUAAAUCGCUAAUAGUUUUUUUCUGUUUUUUCGCCGCAUAAUAUGAAAAUAAAAUAAAAGUGCUUGAAAGAGGAUUCAAACCUAGGUCAAUGCAAUACCUAUUGAGCCUAAUAACCAACUAAGCCACCUUUUAUUGUUGUUUACUGUAGGUAAACAAUGUUAUUUGAACAUUUCUUAUUUCUGCCAUAUCAGAAAAUAAAUAAAGUUUGGCUUGGUAACUUUGGCAUGAUCAGCAUGAUAAUUAGGGUAUGAGCAACAUGAUAACUAUACCAUGAUAAGGCUGAUAACUACAGUACGAGAAGGUUAAGGCAUAAGGAAGUAUGGUAAUUUAACACAUAAAUUACCGAUGAAAAUGUUUAAAAAAACUUUUUUCCCUUGGA